UGUUUGUAUGUAUACCCGCAGGUAAAGAUGCAUGCUCGUGUUCAGAGGUUUCGAUCGUAAUACUUAGCUUUGAAUCUUGCAUUUAAGAUCUUUUAGAAAAAUUUCGAUCUUAACUACGGAAUGAACUGUCCAAGUGAGGAAGCCGACUCUGCGCGAGAAAUUUUAUAUUUAAGUUUUAAUCAGACAUCAACUGCACUUUCUGUGGGAUCCAAAAAUGGAUAUAUGCUGUAUGACUUGGAUCAAGUUCACGAAUGUCAGCCUACUUAUGAAAGUAGAAAUAUUGAAGAUGUCUGUAUCAUUGAGAGAAAUUUUUCUACAAGUUUAGUUGCAUAUGUAAGCUUACAUUCACCCAGGAAUUUAGUUUUAUAUAAUUAUAAUAAGGGAACAGAAAUACUGGAAAAGCUGUUUCCGAAUACAGUUCUUUCAGUUAAAUUAAACAGAAAGAAUGUUGUUGUUUGUCUGGAAGAUAAGAUAUACAUUUUGUAUAUUAUGGGUUUAAAAGACGAAAAGCUUCAUGCUAUUACAAACACUCCUUCCAAUGUAAAAGGACUCAUUACGCUAACAUAUGGAAACGGCAACUCUCUUCUGGCUUAUCCUGGUAGCUGUGUAAAUGGCAAUGUACAAAUAUUUGAUGCUACUGAAAGGCAUGCUAAAACUACAAUACCUGCUCACACAAGUCCAUUAGCUGCUCUUGCAUUUGAUGAAGAUGGUGAAAAGCUUGCCACAGCAUCUAUUAAGGGAACUGUAAUUCGAGUUUUUUCUAUUGUUCAUAGUCAGAUUUUAUUUGAAUUUCGUCGAGGAGUUAAGAGGUGUGUGGAAAUACAGUCAUUGUCAUUCAACAUUGGUUCAGAGUUUCUUUGUGCAUCCAGCAAUACAGAAACUGUACAUAUUUUUAAACUGAGUGCUGAUGAAGAAACUGUUGAGAAUAUAGAUGAAGAAGGUUGGAUGGAAAUGUUUGGAAGAGUCCUAACACAGUCUGCAAAAUAUCUUCCAACACAGAUGUCUGAUGUUUUAACUCAACAGAGAGCCUUUGCAACCGUUCACCUUCCUUCUAUUGGACAGAAAACUGUUAGUGCCAUAACUAAAAUUCAGAAUAUUAACUAUGUUAUGAUUGCUUCAUUGGAAGGAUUUCUUUACAUCUACGAAUUAAAUACUGAAACUGGUGGUCCUUGUCAUUUGGUGAAACAACAUAGGUUAGAAGGCCCUUUAAUGCCUUUUAUGACCCCAAUUUCUAGUGCAAUAACUCCACAUUACUCUCCAUCCAAAACUGUGGUGGAAGAUGCUAAGUCAUCCUUAGAUUUAGAAAAUGAUCCUGCUUCAUGUGUGGAAUCAAAUGUAAUUGAACCUCAUAAUGAAGAUCAUAGUACAAAAACUCUUUGUGCUAGCAAUGGUAUUCAUGCAUGUGAUGAACUCCCACCAUUAUUGAAUAAAGUGGAAUGAUGAAAGACUGAAAAA